GUACGGCCUAGGAGGGCCAAGCCAAGCGGUCGCACUGGAGCAUGGGGCGGGCCGAGCAGCGCUUGGCUUGGGCCAAAUGCGCUCAUCACUGAUUGCCACAGCUACGCACCGCAAAUCUUGCUUCAAAUUGUAUAUAUCUCGCAGACUCGGCUGUCUCUGCACUUCCAUUCUCUCCGCUACGCUACUGCUCGUUUGAAGAGAAAUCUAUCACUUCUGUUACCUGAUCUGCGACAUUCGGUGGUCCAAGAGCUUGAUACCUUGAUAGCUUCCAUUGACGAGCCAGACGACGAGACUGCAUAAAAGCCGUAUUCUCGACCACAAACCAGUCAGCAAACCCUCACUCCAAGUAUACCCCCAGUCGCGAGAUGGCUACCUGGAUUGACUAUAUCUCACUCGCACUUACACUAUCUAUUUUCGCCGGGAUUGCGCUGGGCUUAAUCCACUUCAGACGGGCAACGUCGAAGGUCGUCGAUGCAACAAAGGAAUCGCUGAAGAGCAAGGGCGUGAACGUCUCGUCCCAAGGGAUCUCUGUAAAGAUGCAGAAGCGACUCGACCGCGAGAACUACCUCGAUGCUACCCAGCGCGGCUUGAUGAGGGCCUACAACAACUCCACGUACGGCCCCGACAAGGGUGUGAGCAUGCCCUCGCACUCCGCGGAAUCGCUCCCGCUCGAGCACGAAUCCGCCACAGCGAAAGCACGCGACCGCCUCGAGACGUUCUCGGGAGCAAUAAGGAACCACAGAACGAAGAAGUCACCUAAUGCGACGCCGUGAUCAAGUUGUGUAUACAUACCGUAUUGUAUGUACUCUAGGUGUGUUCCGUGACUUUGUCCGGACCUAUUUAUAGCGUAAAUUGUGUAGCUUGAUAGUAUAUAGGACCGCGUUGACGUUGGGACGUUGCGGUUGACGUUGUAUUCUUGUUUCUUGCUAUUCAUUGUCUGUGUGCGCUUUACACAUGUCUGCACUGUUUACCUCAAGCAUUGUGAUGGUUUCCGCGACUUGUGCCUUCAUGACCGACACAGAUCUUCCCCCUACUUCCAAACUCACUGCAUAUAUGCGCUCUUCCUCAGACUAUAUGCAGUUAUACAUCGAGGUCAGCCUCUUAUCAUGUCC